AUGGGCUUGAAAGUUGCGUCGUUGAUUCUGCUAUCGGUGAUUUCGACUGUUUCAGGCCUGGAUCACCACCGGCGCUGGCCAUUUACCGCCCGCCAUCGCGCUCACACAGCUCGUCAAAAUGAUCAAGCAGGCCAGAACCAGGGGCAGACGACGUCCUCUCCGUUUCUGAAUGAUCGUUCAAAAGAAUUCGCCGUCAACGGCACAUCCAUCCCCCUGGUCGGUUUCGACGUAGGCGAGUCCUACGCCGGCUCCCUCCCCAUCGGCCCCACCAACCCCUCCAACGACCUCUUCUUCUGGUUCUUCCCCUCCACCAACCCGACCGCCCAAACCAACAAAGAAAUCCUCAUCUACCUCACCGGCGGGCCUGGCUGUUCCUCCAUGGGCGAACUCCUCCAGCUCAACGGUCCCCUCUCCUGGCAACCGGGCACGCUGCAGCCGAUCCCCAACGCGUGGAGUUGGCAUCGGUUGACGAAUGUGGUGUGGAUUGAUCAGCCGGUGGGCACGGGGUUUGUUAGGGAGGGGGUGAAGGCGACGGCGAUGGAUGAUGAGGAUGUGGCGGAGCAGUUUUUGGGGUUUUGGGAGAAUUUUGUGGAGGUGUUUGCGCUGCAGGGGUUUAAGGUGUUUGUGACGGCGUCGUCGUAUGGGGGGAUGUAUGCGCCGUUUAUCUCGAGUGCGAUGUUGGAUCGGGGGGAUAAGACGGUGUUUGAUGUGAAGGGGAUGGCGGUUUGGGAUGGGCUGAUGAGCAAGAUCCCGUUGACGGAGGAUGUGCCGGCGGCGAGGUUUGUGGAGAAAUGGAAGACGGCGUUGCCGUUGAAUGAUACGUUUCGCGCGGGGGUUCAGGCGAUUGACCAGCAGUGCGGGUAUUCGGCGUAUUUGGAUGAGUUUUUGGUGUUUCCGCCGAAGGGACCGCAGCCGGCGACGUUGCCGGGGGAGAACCCGGUGACUGGGCUGGCGCGGCCGGAGUGUGCGUUGUACAUUGGUGUCUUUUUGGCCGCGCGGGAGGUGAAUCCGUGUUUGAACGCUUUCGACAUCACCUCCCGGUGCCCUAUCCUGUUCGACCCCAUCGGAUUCUCCAGCGGCACCCUCGCCAUCGCCCCGGGCUUCCCAACCCCCUACUUCGACCUCCCGGCCGUCAAAGCCGCCUUGCACGCCGACCCCAACACAACCUGGACUUUCUGCCGAGACCCCGCCGCCAACCCCGUCUUCGCGCCCAUCCCCGGCACGCAAGGCCCAGGCGUCGACCUCUCCCUCAACCGCGGCCCGGGCAGCCAAGCCGUGAUCCCGCGCGUGAUCGAUGCCACGCAGAACGUCAUCCUCGGCCAUGGCGCGCGGGACUUUUUGGUGCUACCCGAUGCCACGUUGUUGACCAUCCAGAACCUAACCUGGCAGGGCCAGCUGGGAUUCCAAGCGCAACCGACGGAACCGCUGUUCGUGCCGUAUUUUAGCGGGAAUGGAGGUGGUGAUCGAGCGGCGCUGGGGUCGGUGGUGGUUGCAGGGAGCGGGGUGGUUGGGACGAGUCAUAGGGAACGGGGCCUGACGUUUUUUGAGGCGGCGCUGUCGGGGCAUUUGGUUGCGCAGGACCAGCCGGCUGUGGCGUUUCGGAUGGUGGAGGUGUUGUUGGGGAGGGUGGAGGGGUUUGAGAGUACGGAGCCGUUUACGGUGGAUGUUAGUGCUGGUGUUGGGGGUGGGCAGCUAGCACCGCAACCGGCGCAAGCAGCGCAGCCUCAAGAGCAGCCGCAGGGACCGCAGCAGCCGAUGCCGGGGACGUUGGGGUUGGGGACGGUGAAGGUUGGGGGGACGGUUGGGUAUGGGUAUACGGGGUGGAAGGGGAUCAAUGGCUCCGGGUAUGGAGGGGGGGAUCUGGGCGGUGUUGUGUAG